AUGGCCCAGUCCCCUCCUCUGCAGGGCCUCCUCGGCCACGACCACUGGAUCUUCCCCCAGGGUUGGGGCUGGACCGGCCACUCGGACUCCACGUCCCCGGCCUCCUCCUCGGAUUCGUCGGGCUCGUGCCCCUGCGACCGUGCCCGCGGCCCCUCGCAGCCGGCGCCCCCAGCCCCCAGCGCCUCAGAGGCCGCCUCGACAGCACCCGGACGUGCGCGGACGCGGCCGGCAGGCGGACAGCGGCAGAGCGCCAGCGAGCGUGAGAAGCUGCGCAUGCGCACGCUCGCCCGCGCCCUGCACGAGCUGCGACGCUUUCUGCCGCCGUCCGUGGCGCCCGCCGGCCAGAGCCUGACCAAGAUCGAGACACUGCGCCUGGCCAUCCGCUACAUCGGCCACCUGUCGGCCGUGCUGGGCCUCAGCGAGGAGAGCCUGCAGUGCCGGCGGCACAGCGACGCGGUACUCCCUCGAGGCUGCCCGCUGUGCCCCGACGGCGGCCCCGCGCAGGCGCAGGCGCAGACGCAAGGGUGCGGCCCUGGCUCAGCCGCUAGCUCCGCGGUGUCGUGGGCGUCCCCGCCCGUCUAUCCCGGAGCCAUAGCGGCGCCCGAGCGCCUGGGGAGCAGGGUCCCCGAUAUGGGUGCCUGGGUGACACCCCUUUACUGCCCCGGGAUGCAGUCGCCCCCGCAGCUGUCCCAAGGGAGAGCCCCUGAAGCGGCCCGUUGGACGCCGCCCCAAGCCUGUUCCGGAACGCAGACACCCCCAGAGCCCCGGAACCAGGCCACGCCCUGGACCUCGCCCCCCGCGAUGGAGCUGGCUGCAGUGUACCAGGGUAUCUCUAUGUCUCCGGAGUCCUGUGUGUUGCCAGAAACCCCUCCUGUCCUGCCCCGCCCAGCAUGCCAGAGACUCCAGCCUGAGACCCAGUGGGGAUGGUGGAGCCACAGUGCAGAGGUGCUGCCCAGCUCGGAGGACCAGGGACCAGGCCCUGCCUUCCAGCUCAGUGAUGAAAGCCCUCCCCAGAGCUCAGGCGUACAGCUCAGUGGCUGCCCUGAAUUUUGGCAAGAAGAUUUGGAGGGGACUCACCUGGGCAUCUUCUACUAAUGGC